UUGCAAGCGCUGCAAACGCUGUGCUUCCCGCGCUGUGGAGUCGAGCGCUGUGCAACGCCUCGAUGUCCGGCCGUUUACGCCACAUGUUUCACUUGUGGUAAACAAGGUUAUUUUGCGCGGGUAUGUAGGCAAAAUUUAAAUAAUAAGGCCGGUUUAAAACAUGUAUAUGACAUUGAACAAAAUCAAGAUGUCACGCGUUCUUUUGAUUAUGAAUCGUUUUUUAUAUCAACCAUUAGUGGUCAAGAGGAUUGUUCAGAUGGUUGGUUUGAAACAUUAACUUUUGAGAAGGGUAUCGAAAACUUUAAAUUAGACACGGGGGCGGAUAUAAAUGUUAUAUCUUUUGAAAGAUUUUUGCAACUGGGUUUUGAUUCCAAUAUGAUAAAAAGUGAUCGUAUUAAAUUAGAGUCGUAUAGCGGUAAUAUAAUACCAGUAAGAGGCGUUUGUUAUCUACAAUGUUUUUAUAAAAAUGUUCGUUAUGAUUUAAAGUUUGCGAUAGCCGAUUUGCGUUGUCAAAGCGUGCUGGGGCGACAGUCGUGUGAGAAGUUAAGUAUUCCAAUUUCAAAUAACAAGUUAACGCUGAUAAAAAAUGAAACGAAAAAAGAUUUUGAUUUGUGUACUUUACUAAAUUACAUUAAAUUAGGAUGGCCUCAUGAUAAGUGUAACGUAAUAGAAAAUCUCAAAAAAUAUUGGUCUUUAAAAAAUGAGUUAUAUGUGGUAGAUGACGUCAUAUUUAGAGAUAAUGUUGUUUUAGUCCCUCGUUCCCUGCGAACAGAUAUGUUGAAAAUUGUACACGAAGGACACUUAGGUAUAGAUCGGUGCAAGCGACGCGCAAGACAAGUUGGGUCUGAUUUAUUUGAAUAUAGGAAGACAUAUUAUCUUAUUUUAGUUGAUUAUUACUCUAGUUUUGUUGAAGUAAAAAAAUUAGAAAAUAUUACAUCACAAGUGGUUAUACGCAGUAUGAAGGAAAUAUUUUCACGACACGGUAUACCUGAAAUACUUAUAAGUGAUAAUGGAACUCAAUAUAGUAGUCGCGAGUUCAAACAGUUUAGUACAGAUUGGGGAUUCACUCAAUUUACAUCCUCACCAAACUAUCCACAGGCUAAUGGAAAAAGUGAACGUGCGGUGCAAACAGUUAAGUCUUUGUUAAUUAAAGCUUAUAAGGGGAAUAGUGACUUUGAACUUGCUUUAUUGAAUUACAGAAAUACUCCGAGACAUGGUUUGGACUUUCCCGCGCAAUUACUAAUGGGUCGCAGAUUACGUUGCAAAUUACCAGUGUGUGCAGAAUUACUAAAACCACAAGUUGCAGACCCAUCUCAAUUUAAAACAAUGCUGCAAAAACAGCAGCAGUCAAAAAUGUACUAUGAUAAACAUUGUAGAACGUUGCCUAAGCUAGAUAUCGGUGUCGAAGUAAUAUGUAUAGAUGGUAAGAAAAGGACCCGCGCUACUGUAAUUGAUCAAGGUGAUACACCUCGUUCAUAUGUAAUACAAAAUGAGCUAGGAAGACGAAUCCGACGCAAUAGGCGUCAUUUAAUUAAGUCUUACAUAAGUCCAGAUUCUAAAAAUAUUAAAAAAGAUAUGGACAUCACUGUAAACCGAGGAAGUGGCAAUUUUAUCGUCACUCCAUCUCGUGGGGGGACGCCCUACACUUCGCCUACCGGUACGAGGCUACCACUCGAGAACCUUUCUUCCCCAUCGGUUUGUAGAAGCAAACCCUCUACGCCUGUGUCUAUCGAUCGCACAGUGGAGACCAGGAGACCACCAGGCUCAUUAAACACCUGA